ACUUUUAAUUUUUUUUUCUUUUGUUUUGUACAUAUAGUCGACGUAGCGCCGCGCCGCGUUGCGCGCCAAGCAUUUGUCUCGCGUGGCUGUUUUGGUGGGAAGCUGUUGGUUGUCCGUGCGUUUUGCGCCGUAAAAGCAGUGAAAGUUCGGAAGAACCCCGCAUUGUUCGCGUACGACAACGAGCUUGGAUUAAGAGAGAAUCAUGGUGUACUUCACGCAUUGCUGCUGCGGCUGCAUGACGGUCCGAACAGGCACCAAAGUGUUGGCCAUCCUCAGCGUUAUUGGCUCCCUGCUUGGCCUGAUCACCUAUGCCACGGUGGCGGUCAACUACAAGAAGGUCCUGGAGGUUUACGACGAGCUCCCCGAGAUGAAGAGCUUGCUGGAAUCCGCUUUUGGCAUCAUCGUCGCUUACAUCGUCAUCUGCGCCAUUGGGCUCAUCGUGUCCAGCCUCUGUGUCCGGGGCGCUUACACGGACCAGCGACACUACAUCCUGCCUUACCUAGUGUUUGAUGCCAUGAUCCUCGUGGUCCAGGCGAUCCUUUCCAUCAUCACGAUCAUCGUCAUCGUCGUCAACGGUGCCGUUCAGUUGCUUGGAAUCGUCUGCUCUCUCAUUCUCUCGUUGUGCCUUGGGAUCUACUUCUUCAUGGUGGUGCUGUCCUUCUACAAGCAGCUGGCAAAUGCUGCUAACAACCCGGGCAUUGGCAUGGUGCCUGCGGCUCAGUCUGUCCCCCCUGGCACCUACGUGCCACCUCCGGGCUACAGCCCCGCUGCCCCAGCACCUCAGUACUACCCGGACUCCAAGAUGGGCGUUGUGUGAGGGGUUGCACAAACCUCUCUGUUUACUUUUUGUUUUACUUUAUUGAGUUAUUGUAGCCGUCCCCCUCCCCUGCUCAGUCUUCUGGGACUUAAUUUUGCACCUUUCCUCUACGAUGAGCGAUAUUUUUGGGUUUUAGUUGUUGCAAUAUUGGUCUGAGAUUGGCUUGACUUUUGAACUUGGUCCUUUGCACCAGGGUGUAAGGCUAGGCAGUUACUCAAAAGUGUUUCUUCUGGUUUGCUGUUUGUUCUGCUGCCUUGGGAUCCACUGCCUGGUGUUAUUAGGUAGGCUGGCAUCUGGCCAUAGAUGUGGCGUCAGGUCUUAGGCCUGGCGUUGGGACUUAAGCCUGGCAUUGGGACUUAGGCCUGGUGCCGGGACUUAGGCCUGCGCCGGGAGAAUGAACAAACUAUUGUAUGUGAGAUCUUGAAUUGUUGAGUCAAGCUUGGUACAGGUGUUACCAUCCUGGUGGGCUGUUCUGCUCCUCCAAGACUGAAAAGACUUGGUCAACAUUAUUUGCUAAAUCGGGACUCAUCUGGCUCAUGUCAUCAUGGGCUACACAUAUAAUGUAGAAGGCAACUUUACUUUUCUUAAUGGAGCCUUAAAAAAAGUCUAUAGAAAACUGGUCAUGCAAAAGUGGUUCCCAUAGAAGUAGCUUUAGAUUGUAUGUGCAAGUGAUGCUAGCAAGCAAGCUGUAUUCUAAAUUGGCAGUGUACCUACAAACCUGGCUUGCUGUAAUUAAAAAAAAAAAUCAGUGCUUGUAGUGGCUACAUGGCUACAUGAACUGUCUUGUGAGAGCAAGGUUAAGAGGCCUUGAUACAUACGGCCAAACUCUUUGAAAGCAGCUUUUGUGGUUGCGCACAAAAUACAGGCUUUCAUAAUAUAUGCCAAAGCCUUGUCUGUUGUCCACUAUUAUUUCUUGUUUUGACCAGGGAUCUAUUAAUGUAUUCCCAGGUUUCUUGUGAGCUAUCAUGUUAGCACCAUUGCCUUUAAAGCUGCUGUGUGUACAAGGAAUGCCUUUUAUGCCAGUUCCAGUUUCUAGGCUACUGAAUAUUUUAGUUGCAAAGAGCUGUGGAGAUGGAGGGCACUCUUGUUGAGUUGAGAUAAAAUUGGUUUUGCUUGCUGCUCUUUCUGGUCGCUGUAAAUACUCACUUUUUCAGGGUUGCCACCUUUUCAUGUGAUUCAUUUGCUCCAAGGUGUGUUAUGAGGUGGAGGUUUGCCAACACAAAGAUGGAUAUAGAGUAUUUUUCUAUAGUGAUUCUGCAUUCAUUAGCUGUGUUCAAUUUACUUAUCCUCCUGCACCAGUGCAGGAAAGUGUAGGGCAGUCGACUUCCGGUAUGUGUAUUCAGAUACGACCAGAAGUACAGUGCCCUACACUUUUCUGCACUGGUGCAGGAGGUGUAGGUAAAUCGAACGCAGCUAUUGUCUACAUCUGAAGGCAUUCUAGUCAAAAUGGACCCGGUGAUAGAUUCGGCAGUUCUUCUGAACCUUGCUACUUAAGGGACGUAGGCCACUCGUCUGUAUUUUACAUAGUCGUGCUUGGUUUUAACAACAUCUAGGUAUGGCAAUUUGAUGCCGUCCUGCAUUUUCGGGGAAAGUUGUGGUGUAUUGCAUAAUUCAUCGAAAUGAUUACAAGAGAGGUGGCCACCUGCAGUUGUGAUAGAAAGUUAAUCACAAUGCAGAUAUGCCGUGUUAUCGUUCCUUAGUGUGAGGGCCUCUCUGAUUGGGCACAUUGACGAAGACAUUUUGCAGAAGGAUUCUUUACAAGUGUCGUGUAGAAGCCAAGGGAAAAAAAAAAACAACUUGACGUUGAAGCCUCAUGAACUAUGAUAACAUGCCUUCCUCCACUCUGCAGUCUUUCAGUUGUCUGACUGCUUAUUGCUCCGUACCUGCCAAAUGAAAUUUCUACCACAAGUGUGCUUCUUGAGCAAUGUGUGCACAUUGGUGUUUGCAUUCACAAUGUUUGUACGCAAGAACUGUUGCCGUUACGUUUUCUGGUACUCUUCACGACGCCCAGGUGCGCUGCAGUUAUUGUUUGACUGUUUCAUUAUGUACCUCGUGCAGAGGUCAUCGCAAUUUCUCCUCAUUUACACUAGGUGGGCUGUCACUUUCUGAAGUUUAUAUUUCUGCGUUUAAAUAAAGCUGUUCCACGAAAUCCAA